AUCCAGCCACAGGCCAGUACUUCCUGGGCUCCCACUCUCCUGGAGCCUGGCACUCCGGCCCUGCCAGCCGGGCCUGGGGCUCCCCCCUCAAAGCACUGCGGGCUUCCUAGGCUUCAGCCUGCUCCUCUGGCUGGGACCCUUGGGCACAGCUUUCUAAGGGCCAGUGGAAGUAUUGGGGACCAAGAUCCUUGCAAGAUAAAAACAGAACUGUUCAGUUUCUUACCGAGGCGGUGUCUGCACCUCUGCUCCACGGUGCCCUGGGGGCGUGGCGCUGAUUUCCCAAACCGAGCUCUGGGGGCCUGCUCCACUGGGGGUGUUUGGCCCAAGGCUCUGUGGGUGGUGCGGGUCUUGCCCUUGUCACCCAUGAGCCUCACUGCGAGGUGCACACACCUCGUUCCCCUGUUCCCCUCCCCCCCCCACUGUGUCCCCAGUCUCCUGCUGGUAUACAGGAGGGAUCUGGAAUGUUGGGCGGGGCGAGGUCUGUGCCAAAGGGGGCUGGAUCCUGUUCUGGGGGGGAUGAGGUUUCCUGAAGGCCUUCUCUGCCCUGCCUGGGCAGUCUGAGGGGAUGUAACCAGCCCUCCUUGGUGAUCACAAGGGCCCAUGGGGUGACGGGUGCCUGAGCAGAGCUGGGCACUUGGCUGGAGGUCCAGAGCGCUUAGUCCUGCCGGGUUCAGCCGGCACCUGCCCUCCUGCCCUUUCUCCUCGAGGCACGGGGCAGCGGCAGUAGCCCCCAGCCAACAAUAACGGUCGGUAGCGCGACUGCAGGACUGGGAGAGCCGGCUCAGCAAGUCCCCGUGCACCUGUGCCAGGGGCCACCCCCACCUUGGUCUCAAGGUCCUGUCCUAUAGGUCCAACCUGUUCUAGUUCAGCAGGAUCCCAGGCCCCUGAAGAGGCAGAGGCCUCCAGCCCCCCAGCGCUGUCCGGACAGCUCUGCGAGGCCAGCCCCUCCAGCUCUGCUCAGGCCCUGACUUCUCCUUGGCUUCACAGCGCCCAAGGCUGAGACCCCCGCCAUGGCCAGCCCCGGGAAGCCUGGGGCUGGGGAGAACCAGGAGGAGGAGGGGUGGGACAAGGGGCACGCCCCAGGGCCACUGGCAGCGACACUAGAGCAGGCCCAGGAGCUGUUUCUGCUGUGCGACAAGGAGGCCAAGGGCUUCAUCACCCGGCACGACCUGCAGGUGAGCCCCCAGCUCCAAGAGGCCUCCCACCCCAGGGCUGACCUUGGCUACUCAGCCUUGCCAUCCUUGCCCGGCCAGGGCCUGCAGAGCGACCUGCCUCUCACGCCCGAACAGCUGGAGACUGUGUUUGAAAGUCUGGACCAGGCGCACACUGGCUUCCUCACCGCUCGGGAGUUCUGCCUUGGCCUGGGGAAGUUGGUGGGGGUGGAGCCUGCCCCGGGUGCUCUGCCCUCCCAGGCUCCUCAGGCUCCAGAGGAAACCUUCGAGGCAGGCUGGUCGGAUGUGCGAGGCCCCGGGGGCUCCCUGGAGGAGGAGGACGAGGAGAGAUUCUGCUCUGCGCUGGAGCAGCUGGGGGUGGCCCGGGUCCUGGGCGAGCAGCGGGCAAUUCGGACGCUCUGGACCCAGCUGCAGCGUGAGCGACCCGAACUGCUGGGCUCCUUCGAGGACGUUCUGAUGCAGGCGUCGGCCUGCCUGGAGGAAGCGGCCCGAGAGCGGGAGGGCCUGGAGCAGGCGCUGCGGCGGCGGGAGAGCGAGCACGAGAGGACGGUGCGAUGUCUGUACGAAGAUAUGGAGCGGCAGCUUGGCGAGCAGCGCCGGCGCCUGCGGAGUCAGGACGUCCCCCGGGAGGAGCGGAGAGGCCGCCUAGAGCUGGAGCUGCAGAGUCGCGAGCAGGAGCUGGAACGCGCGGGACUGCGGCAGCGAGAGUUGGAACAGCAGCUGCAGGCCCGGACCACCGAGCAGCUGGAGGCGCAGGCGCAGAACGCCCAGCUGUGGCUGGCCAACGAGGCGCUGCGGGCGCAACUGGAAGGGGUGCAAGAGCAGCUCCGCAGACUGGAGAGCGACUUGCUGGGCCAUCGGGAGCAAACCCAACGGUGCUGGGGGGCGGGGAUGGGGUUGGGCCCUCAGGGGCGGACUCCGAGAAGGGUCGCGAGAAGGGUCGCGUUUGGAGCCCAGGGCUUCCAUCCCACCCCGUCCCAACCCCGCCUCCAGGGUCUCCGUGGGGCAGGGUCCUCCAGGGGGUCGUGGGGCACCCCGAGGAGCCUCCUUGCAUCCAAAUUACCACCUCCGUCCUGCAGAGACGUGGUCGCGGUCUCGAGGAACAUGCAGAAAGAGAAGCUCAGCCUCCUGCGGCAACUGGAACUGCUCAGGGAGCUGAACACGAGGCUACGAGACGAGAGGGACGUCUGUGAGGCCGAGCGGCUGGUCAGUGGCCGCAGGAAGGCUCUGACCACGGCCCCCCUGCUGGGGCCCCCCUGCUGCUGUUCCUGCUGUUGUAGUAGCUGGGCUCGCCCCCCCAGACGCGGCUCUGGCCACCUUCCCAGUGCCCGCUGACCAGCCCGAGUGACUCACUGGGUGUUACUUGGUUACUCGGAGAAGCUGCCCCUUGAAGGUGACUCCUCGUGGCUGGGGGCUGCCCAUCCUGGCUGUGGGUUCUACCCAGUAGGCUGCCUGGCCUGCCUGACUUGCUGACGUGAAGGAACUAAUCCUGGGUGGUCAGGGUCUCACCGUGCCUCCCUGCCGAUCCUCACCCUACCCCCAUCCCAUCAAAACCAGCAGAAAACUCCCUCUUCCAAAUAAAGUCCACUGACUUCGAC